CGCAUGAGACAAACAACGUUGGCUAACGUCCUACCCAAUGGAAGUAAUCCAAGCGGUGGUUGCGAAGACCUCCAACUGCCCUCAAUUAACCCACCGGAUUCGAAAUUUUCAGCGUCGACAGAAUAUACCAACCACAAGUGUGGAAGGAACUAUUGAAAGUGCAGCACAGCCAUGCACUUCACAGGAGGAUGUGAUUGCAACUCCUGCCAGAAAGAGAAAGAGGAAGGAAAGUAUCAGGGACAUUGUGGAGAAGCUUAAGAGCAUAACAGAGGUUAUUAAUGCACCUGUAGAAGAAGAUGAAUUUGAGGCAUUUGGAAGGAAUGUUGGCUUACAACUAAAAAACAUGCCAAUAAAACAGGCGUUGAAAGCUCAACAACAGAUUCAGUCGUAUUUAACACAAACACGAUUAGAGAACAUUGCCUCUCAGAGGCAGACGAAUCAAGUGCAAGCAAUAUCUAAUGAUAUUCUAAGCACUGCAUUGUUAAGAACAUUUUACAAUUAUGAAAAAUAAAUAUUUUUCCAUAUAAU